AUGCGAACCCUAUUGGUCAAGUUUGCAGGCCUUACGCUCUACAUCCACGAACUACAGUCAAGCACACUUGUACUGACCCACGAGCGUCCCAACAAAGACCCAAGGGUACAUAAAGUAUAUGAAGAAGAUUUUGAGGAUACCGCAGAUGAAUUGGAAGCUGAGGCUCUUGAAAAAUUAGAGCCUGGUGUCGAAGCAAGUGUCGAAGGUCUAAGCCUGCGCUUGAUCAAGAACGAUGGAGUGCUCAAUAUUGUUUAUGAAGGUAAGGAUGGUGAGAUCGUGGAUUGGAAAUUCCAAGGCUUGACAGGUAUGAUGGCAUCUGUGUCUACACAGACAGUGUCUGAGACCCAACCAAAGCUAUCCACUAGUACGAUUCAUGCCAUGGCUAUCGAUCCCGCUCCGCAACGCAUGACUUGGCCUUUACGAUCAAAACUCAGCAGCAUAUCGUCCAUCGAAACUCGACCUAUCAAGACUCUUACCAAAGAUGAAGAGGAAGUUCCAGCACGGGCAGCGGUUGGGGCUGGAGAAAACGAGCACGAGCACAAAAAGACCAAACAUACGCUGCGUUCCCCUCCGCACGAACUUGCGAGAACCACACAUGAAUCCCGUCCAUGGCCAAAUCACUUAUUCAUGGCGUGUUACCGCCUCAGACCCAUUUCAGAAAGUGACAUAGGUAUUCUGCAUAUUGACCUUGUUGAAGGUACCGUAUGGUACGAAGCCUGGCAUGGAAGAGCACACGUCAGUCAGCAGACCUACAUGAGGAAGCAGGUCGAUCUCAGGAACGUCUCAACAAGCGUCGAGUACCUCCCCCACAGUGGUUGCUCCGGACAGGACUACUCUACCCAUCAACUCAGGCUUUCAAGAGUGAACACGAAGGGAGACAGAGUUGCCUUCUUCUCUGCAGACUGCUCAGCACCUGGAUAUCAGGUGUGGGGCUCAAAUACGUACAAGAGUCUAGGUCCUAUUCCGUGUUACAGCAUAUUAGCUUGGGAUAGAUCCAGAAAAGCAACAGGCAUCCCAUUUACCAUACCUGAUCUACCCCACAAUACGACCGAGCGGCAUACCUCACCCAUUGUCAUUAUCGAUGCACUCGUUCAUUGCAUUGACCGCGCAUCUGGGCGUCAAGCAAUUCACAAUCCGGCUCUCGAUCGAGUAUUACACCAUAAAAUAUUCAAAGGUUUUCUAGACAUGGCGCGUACAUGUUCAUGCAAAGAGUAUAUGGUGAGAUGGAUAGCUGCCAUUCAAGAAUCGAAGAAGAGGAAGGCGAAGAAGAGGACAAUGAGGGUCGUGAAAAUGGCGAACGAAAAGAAGGUUUCCAUCAAGAAACCGAAGGCUGCAAAGAGCACAGAAACAAGGGCGGUGAAGAGAAGCGGGCAAUCUCUGGAUACAAAGGAAAAGGAAGCCAAGAAGGCAAAAAUCGGUCGUCGCUCAGUGGAAGAAGUAUGGAGGGAGUGCUUUCCCGGAAGACAUUCCGAGUGA